AUGGUCAUUGUCAACAAAGUCAUCCCGGCUCUCGCGGGCCUGGCUUCCAUUGCUUGUGCUGCUCCCACUUCCGGGAAAUACUCUGUCAAGCAGGUUGCCCGUCCUGCUACUAAGACCACCAACUUUGCGUCUCAGUAUGCUCGUGCUCUGACGAAGUUUGGAGCCACUGUUCCGUCUAAUGUUCAGGCCGCCGCUGUUGCCAGCGGUGUCGCUACAAACACUCCCUCGACUGACGAUGAGGAGUAUCUGACCCCCGUAUCUGUGGGAGGAACUACUCUGCAGCUUGACUUCGAUACCGGAUCAUCUGACCUCUGGGUCUUCUCUUCUGAGCUGUCUGCUUCCCAGCGGUCCGGUCACUCUUACUACACCCCCGGUUCGAGCGCCAGUCUGAUGUCCGGUUAUACUUGGGACAUCUCUUACGGCGACGGUAGCUCUGCUAGCGGCAACGUUUACAAGGACAAGGUUAUUGUCGGUGGAAUCACUGUCUCUAGCCAGGCUGUUGAAGCCGCUAAGAAGAUCAGCUCCGAAUUUAUCGAAGACACUAGCGAUGGCCUUCUGGGUCUGGGUUUCGACUCUAUCAACACUGUUUCGCCCAGGGCUCAGAAGACCUGGUUCUCCAAUGCCCAGUCUCAGCUGGCUAAGCCACUCUUCGGUGUUGCCCUGAAGCACGGCGAGCCCGGUGUCUUCGACUUUGGUUUCACCGACUCCUCCAAGUACACUGGCUCUCUUACCUACACCGAUGUUGACAGCUCGGAAGGCUACUGGAGCUUCUCGGUUGAUGGCUGGAGCGCUGGCAGUGCUUCUGGUCAAGGCUUCUCUGGUAUUGCUGAUACUGGCACCACUCUUCUUCUGCUUGCCGAUGACACUGUCUCCUCUUACUACGAGCAGGUCGACAGUGCUUCGUACAGCUACUCCGAGGGAGGCUACGUUUUUGACUGCUCUGCUGAUCUCCCGGAUUUCAGCGUGACCAUUGGCGAUUACACCGCUACCGUCUCUGGCAGCCUGAUCAACUACGCGUCCAUUGGUGGUGGCUCUUGCAUUGGUGGUAUUCAGUCCAACUCGGGUAUUGGCUUCUCUAUCUUUGGUGAUAUCUUCCUGAAGAGCCAGUACGUUGUGUUCGAUGCCAGUGGCCCCCAGCUUGGUUUCGCCCCUCAGGCGUAA